UAUGUUUUAUAGACUGGUUGUGAAAGUGAAACCGUUGUGAAAGCUCCACUGUUUUGGAAACCCCCAAUAGAUCUUAAGCACGCCAAACAGCGCAGUCACACAUAGAUAUACGUUUAACCUGCAGAGCAACGAUGUCUGGACCUUCGACCAUAUACAAGAUAUCAGUCAUCGCAUUUACAUUGUGUUUUGGUGUUUAUGGUUCUCCAUGUCCGGUUCUGGAGUGCUGGUUUGUACAGGAGAAGCCUGGUCAUGGAGGAGGUUUAUCAACACCGAUGAGUCAAGAGAAAUCUCUCAUGUUCAUCAGUACUGAAGCCUACAGUGAAGAAAUAAAGACUGAACUCCAUCCUCCUGCAGACAUCAGCUCAUCCAGAGUUUACUAUGUGACUGAUCCAGCAGGCACAUUCUGCAGUGCUGCUCUGAAUCCUCCUAAAGGCUCAGUAAAUAAACCCAAAUGUGAAAUAAACCCCUUCAUGCCUCACGCCUCCAUGGUCAGAUGGGCUUCUGCUCUCACUGACUCUGCCCAGAGUCCAGUCUACCUGCAAGCUGAUUGGUUCUCAGUGGCGGCUCAAGGCCUUGAUGAGCAGCUGACACUGUCCAAUAUUAUGAGAGCCUCUUCAUCUUCUAAAGACCCAAAAGUGAUCCUCAGUGUGUCCAGCAAAACUCCAGUGGUUCGCUGUAGACUAGGAGAGCCGGUUCUUCUGGACUGUGGCUUCUGGAUUGAUCCGUCUUCUCCUCUUCACGGCUCUGGAUUCUCCAUCGAGUGGCGUUAUCAGUUCAGGGGUGAAGGACGGCUGGUGCUCGCUUACGACGGCAAGAACGAUCGCUUUGCAGAGACGUCAGAGAGCGGAGCUGAAAUGGACAUCACAGGCCUCUAUCAAACAGGCAACGCUUCUCUGAUCCUGGAGGAAUCUCAAGUCAGACACUCGGGAACUUACAUCUGCACAGUUUACCUUCCUCAUCUGCUGGCACAGGUGGCUGUGGACCUGGAGAUCGUUGAGCCUCCAUCUCUCUCCAUCCUCCCGUCUCCUCUUCCUCUGCUGGUCCCUGGACAGGUGCUGUCGGUUCAGUGUGAGGCAUCUGGUUUUGCUCCUCACACUCUAGAUCUGGACUGGGAGUUCAUCAGGGCUGAUGGGACAACCCGCUCUCUGGGUCAGGGCAGUAUAACGGGUCACAGACGGGCGUCUGAUGGCACCUUCAGUCAGAGCAGCCGUCUGGAGCUGGACUCCACUAAACUGAGACUCGCUCGGGGCGGAGAGAUCUGCUGUGUGGCCAAACAUGACGGAGGAACACGACGAGCCUCUGCUGUGCUCACUGUCAUUGGUGUCGCAGCUCCUUCUAUUGAGGACUCGAUGGCGAUGGUUGCUGUUGCUCUUAUUCUUUAUGGCAUGAUUAAGUUUCUCUCCUGGACAUUCAGCUCUUCUGACUCCGGUGACUCUGAAUUAAAUAAUAAGAAGGAGAAAUAAACCUGGAUCUGGGAUUUUACAUCUCGUCUCAUUGUGAAGCUGUUUUUACUUGUUCUUCUGGAAAGUCGUCUGAAUAAUAUGCAGAAAAAUGUUUGUAAAUAGUCAUUUCAGAUUAACAAUAGGAUUUUUAGACUGCUGUAUCUGUGUUUGGGAUGCUUUCUCUGUGUAUUAGUGUUUUAUUUACACAGAUUUUAAUGCUGGGUGUACAGACGCUGAAAAUAAAAAUAUUAAAACAUACAAUUAUGAUUAUUGUAUGGUUGAUUUAUUUUUAAUAUUACACAUUAUCAGGCAGCACGGUGGCGCAGUGAGUCGCACAAUCACCUCACAGCAAGAAGGUCGCUGGUUUGAGCCCCAGCUGGGUCAGUUGACAUUUUUGUGUGGAGUUUGCAUGUUCUCCCCGUGUUCGUGUGGGUUUCCUCCGGGUGCUGCGGUUUCCCCCACAGUCCAAAGACAUGCGGUAAAGGUGAAUUGGGUAAGCUAAAUUGUCCGUAGUGUAUGAGUGUGAAUGAGUGUGUGUGGAUGUUUCCCAGUGAUGGGUUGCCGCUGGAAGGGCAUGCGCUGCGUAAAACAUUUGCUGGAUAAGUUGGUGGUUUAUUCCGCUGUGGUGACCCCAGAUUAAUAAAGGGACUACGCCGAAAAUGAAUGAAUGAAUUACACAAUAUCUAUUUAAUAUUCCACAACUCCGAUUUUUACUUUUGGGACAAUGAGUUUGUCAGGUGAA